AUUGAAUAGCUAUAAACCACCAAACAUGGACGUGUGCAAAGAGAUGGUAAAUCCCAUGUCCCGUCAUUUCACCAUGGAAACUAGUUUGUGUCGAGAGUACAGACAGCUCUAUAAUCUGUGGACAGGAGAGAAGGUUGAUGCACUUGAAGCUUGUGGAAUAAAUGGUGAACGACGUCCACAUCCUUACCUCCUCAGUAUCUCCUACCCACCCCGCUUCCUACACUCUCACGCCAGGAGCAAAGACAGUUCUGACAACUCGGACGAGCUGGUACUUCGUAACCAUCAAGGUAACGCAAGUUCGCAUUUCCACAUGUUCACAAAGUUCAUGGUCACACCAGUAACAGCUUCGUGCAUUCAAAUUAGAGCCCACUCAACUCGACCCCGGGUAUAUGGCUAUACAUUAUGUGAUUUCCGUCCCGUCUUCUGACUUGGGAUGUAAGGGUAAGGGGAGGCACCUGGAAACACACACACUCACCGCUCGGGAGGAAAAGUGCCAGAAGCUGUUUGUCCAAACUUUAAUUAGUGACCUGGUGGGACUCGAUAAGUGACAUCCCUGCGGCUAACCAGCUGGAGGAGACCGUUCGUGGCCGUUUUGCCUCGUCGAUCUACGUCGAAGUUUAGUCUCCUACUGACACUACUGACUGUGACAUUUGUUGCGCCUUUUGCCUCUGUCCUGGAUUGAUCUUCAAUGCCUGAGCAAAGUCCUUUCUUUCUAUAGACAUCUUCAUCCCUGACGGUCUCUGCAUCCUAUUCUUCGUUUCGCCAUCUUGCUUUAAGUUUCA